AUGGGGGGUGCUUUGUUUUCUAUAUCAUCUGCAUUGUUAUUUGUUGUUUUUGUUUCACUUUCAAGAAAUGUGGAUGGAAAAAUAGUGCAAAACGGCGGCACGUGUGACUUAUUCGAAGGAAAUUGGGUUUGGGACAAUUCUUAUCCUCUCUAUCACUCCUCGCAGUGUCCAUUUUUCGAAGAUCAGUUUAACUGCGAGAGGAAUGGUCGGCCGGACAAAGACUUCAUGAAGUAUAAAUGGCAGCCCACUGGAUGCAAGUUGCCGAGAUUUAACGGUGUUGAGUUCAUGAGAAAACUAAAGGGCAAGCGGCUAAUGUUUGUGGGAGAUUCACUGAGUUUGAACCAAUGGCAAUCUCUCACAUGCUUGCUUCACGUAGCACUACCCCAAGCUAAGCACAUUUCCUACACCAAAGACGGUCUUUCGAAUUUUACUUUUCCGGAGUACGAUGUAUCGUUAUUGUUCUUACGAAACACAUUCCUCGUGGACAUAGUGAGUGAGCCUCGAGGAAGAGUGUUGAGGUUGGAUUCAAUCAGCGCAAGCAAAAUUUGGGGAGGAAUGGAUGUUGUUAUUUUUGACUCUUGGCAUUGGUGGCUUCACUCCGGCAGGAAACAACCAUGGGAUUGGGUUGUGUAUGGUAACACCACAGUUAAAGACUUAGACCGUAUGACUGCAUACGAGAAAGCACUGAAUACAUGGGCUAAAUAUAUCGAUUCUAACGUUGAUUCUACCAAAACUCAAGUCUUCUUCCAGGGUGUUUCUCCAGAUCAUGCCGGUGGGCCAGGGUCGAGUGAAAAAGGUUGUGAGGGACAAACAAAGCCACUGACAAGUCCAGGAAGCCCUCAUCCAGCAGAGCAUGUGCUCGAGAAAGUGUUGAAAGGAAUGAGUAAACAUGUCAAUUUGUUGAAUAUUACAAGGCUUUCACAACUGCGAAUAGAUGGACACCCUUCGAUUUACGGCCGGUUUAAAGGUCAAAAGACUAAUGAUUGCACUCAUUGGUGUCUAAGUGGAGUUCCGGAUAUCUGGAAUGAGAUCUUGUACGCUAUGUUGGCUUAA